AUGGUCCGUGUCUGUUGUCCGUGUUCCGCAGAGAUCCGUGAAGCGUUCAAAGUCUUCGAUCGUGAUGGAAACGGCUUCAUCUCGAAGCAGGAGCUGGGCACCGCCAUGAGGUCUCUGGGAUACAUGCCCAACGAGGUGGAGCUGGAGGUCAUCAUCCAGAGACUGGACAUGGACGGUGACGGACAGGUGGCCUUCGAAGAGUUCGUCACAUUACUGGGUCCUAAACUGUCGGCUGCAGGAAUGCCUGAUAAAUUCCACGGAGCAGAUUUUGAUUCAGUUUUCUGGAAGUGCGACAUGCAGAAGCUGACGGUGGACGAGCUGAAGAGGCUUCUGUACGACACGUUUCGAGACCAUCUGACCAUGAAGGACAUCGAACACAUCAUCAUGACAGAAGAGAACCAUCUCAACAGCCCAGAGAGCCACGUGGACAUAGACACCAGCCCCACGCAGCAGGAGAAACACACGUGCGUUCGCAAGAGUCUGAUCUGUGCCUUCGCCAUCGCCUUCAUCAUCAGCGUCAUGCUCAUCGCAGCCAAUCAGAUGCUCCGCCGCGGGAUGAAGUGA